CAAGCAUCAUGGCGACUCGAGCGGGGAUACCAGUGGAUAUGGAAUUGAAAAAGGCCUUCCAGGAGCUACAGACUAAGAUGAUCCAGACCACCCAGCAGCUGAAGAUCUCGGAUGCUCAGAUUGAGAGCCUCAAGCAUCAGAUAGCUCACUCCAAGCUAGUAGACCAGGAGAUAGCGGGCCUGCCAGCAGAAACUAAAACCUAUGAGGGUGUAGGCAGGAUGUUCAUAUUACAGCCAAUCCCAGAGGUACAAAAGAACCUUCAGACGAAAAGAACCAACGCUGAAGAGAAGAUCAAAUCAAUUGAGACAAACAAAACAUAUUUGGAACGAAAUAUGAAGGAAAGUGAGGACAAUUUAAGAGAAUUGAUAAUGUCUAAACAACGGAAGUGAGGAAAAGUAUGUCUGCUGUUAACCUUUCUGGGACAUGCUGUGUGAUGUUAGUAUGCCAGCUUGUGCAAGGGCAAAGCUGAACAUGGCUGACUCGUUCCUGUGGGCUGCUCACAUUUUCUGCUCUGUUGUGACAUCAGUUCAUGUUCCACACCCUGCUCAGGGCAGUGUUUAUCACUUCAUAAGAUAGGCACAGACUGUUUAUCUGUUUAAACAAGUGCUUUGUUACACAAUACCAUCACAGCAUAUGCUCAGGGCAAAGUCAUCCUAGCUAUCAUAACUAGGUAAAACUAUGAAAAGUAUCAACUGUAAAUCAGUAACUAGGUAUUCCAUGGUAGAGAUAUUUACAUCUAUUAGUGCUAAUAUUUAUAUUCUUUGGAAUAUGCAUUGCUGCCAUAAUUGUUAAAUUCAAGAAUGGACACAACUGGCAUGAAGACAUCAACUGAAGAGAGCAUUCAUGUAUAAUAAGAUAUUAUAAAGGAAUCAAAGUGA